AUGUUUGAGCGACGAGCGGCCGACCGAUAUCGCCUACGGAUGCACCGGGCUCGCUCCGCAGUCCUCACCAACGAUGAGAUUGUCGAAGUGCGCGCUGCCCAGCGAACUUUUGAGGGCGCCUACGUCCGAACUGCCUUGUCCCAGUUCUCCUUUGCGCUGGUCGUUCUCAAAAUCUUCACCGCCGAGUUCUACAGCAUCGGUGCGCUGUUCGCAAUCUACGGCACCGGGGUCUUGAUAAUUGGUCUCUUCCGGCGCUCUCAAGGCAACCGACAAUUCUUUUCUGUGAUGGGGGAUGACGGCGUCCAUCGACACAAGUUUCGAACCAGUGGGAAUGCGGUCGUGGUCCUGACUGCGCUGAGUAUCGCCGCAUAUGCCUGCUUGAUUGGCCUUACUCUGCACCUUGGCAAAUAA